CAAAGGCUUGUUACAUAUCAUAAAGCCACGUGUUAUUAAGGAAACGACUUAAAGCAAAACACGCUAAUCAUUCAUUCGCACGACCAACAUUGUUUUACGGCGUGGUUUGUUUACUAGCCGUAGUACACAUGUUGCGAAUAGUUACGAAUAGUACCAGCGAUGUGCUGAUACGUGCAUUUUCCAGCCUAAAUAUCGGUCGCCAAAUCGCAGCAUGCAGUUCUUUUAGUAGGAACCACUCAACCUUCAUCACACCGGUUGAUCGCGACCGAUCUUUGUUAAAGCCGGCCGUUCCCACAUUAUGUAAUGUCCGGGAAACCAGUUUCUUCAACAAACUUCCGGCGGAACAAAUAUGGAAGGGCGUCACCUCUGUCAGCAACGCCGGCAAAAAGCGUGGUCGAGGCAAAGGAUCCGGUCGCAUUACCGCAAAGGAUCUCAACAGGGGGCAGGUCAUUGGUUUCGGUAAAGCAAACAUAGUUUGGCCAGGGUUAUCCGGACCCGUGAUACGCGGUCGCGAAUUAGUGCAGCAGCAAAGGCUGCCGGAGGACAAGGAACGCGAGGCGAAACUGAAGCGCAUUCGUGACGAGAUGGUAAACUUCAAACGUCUCAAGCUUAGCCCCCUUGAGCGUGGAUGGUCCGGUGCAAAGAUGCCAGGCCGCAGCAUCGGACCACCAGAUGCAAUCGGGGAGGAUGAGUUCAUUGGAUUCGACACAAAGUGCUUGGAACUGAAAGCGGUCGUUAACAUGAAGGGAAACCACGGUCGGAAACGGCGCGUUUCGGCCAUGGCUGUCACUGGCAAUGGCAACGGUCUCGCUGGAUUCGGUUUUGGCAAGGCAAUCGAGGGUCGGUCUGCGCUGCGUCAAGCGAAAAACCGUGCCGGUCAAAAGUUGAUGUACUUUGAACUGUGCAAUGGACAUACGGUGUUCCACGAUUUCCACUGCCAGUUCGGUGCAUCGCAGCUAUUCGUGGAGCGGAAACCGGUAGGAUACGGGCUCAAAUGUCAUCGGGCCAUCCGGACCGUGUGCGAGGUGCUGGGCAUCAAGGAUUUGAAGGCGAAAUGUGAAGGGUCCUCCAACGUGCAACAUAUGGUGAAAGCAUUCUUCAUUGGAUUGCUGCAACAGAAGAAUCACCAACAGAUAGCGGAAGAGAAAGGCUUACACGUGGUAGAAUUCCGGCCGGAGAACAUGAACUUUCCGAAGGUUGUCGCUAGUCCAUCGACAUGUCGCACAGAGCAGCAGCUAGAAAAUAACGAAAUCAUGGACUUCACGCUUUACUGCAUGGGCGGGAAAAUUCCAUUGAAGAAGAAAAAGUUUCCCCCAUUCUAUACCAAAUUCCGCUCUUGGGAGAUCUAUCUAAAAAAACAGGAGUACCUCCGGAAUCAAGACAAAGUACGACUGCGAAUGAUGGCUGAGACGGGAGAGGUACGCUCUUUCCUUACGGAAAAGUAUCCCGAAUGUCGAAUGGGGCCAGGUCCUAAGGAAGAAUAGCCGUAGGUUUCUUUGAUGAUUUCUUUCCACUGUGCUGCAUAAUAUAGAACCAUUCAAAAAAGUGU